AUGCAGGAGAAGCCGGACCACGUGGUGACGGUGAGACUGAUCCUGAGACAGCCGUCCUCUGCCUGGCUCACCUUCAGCCUGGAGGACAUCAGGGUCUUCCCCCACAUGGAACCACUGAAGGAGCCAGAGAAGGAGGUCUCUGAUUGGCUGUCAGACCUGAUCCUGGUGGAUCAGCACCCGGAUCUGGAGGGCCUCCCUGAUCCACAGACGGUUUCAUCCAGCAUCCAGCAGAUGUGGGCUCUGACGGAGGUGAUGCAGUCCAACCAGACCUCCGCCUCUAUCGGACGAUUUGAUGUAAUGACUAUUGAAAAAGACAUUGAUGUCCUCCAAAUGAAAGUGGACAUCUCAGUAAAGUGACAUCUGUAACUUCCCUCUCAGACGGCUCUGAUGGGUGGCUUUGCCCUCAGGAUCCUCUUCACUUUUUCUUUUCAUUCUUUUUUCUUCUUUCUUUGUAAUGAUCUCACCUUCAGCACCUCCUCCUCCUCCUCCUCUUCCUCCUCCUGCUGCUGCUGCUGCUGCUGCUGCUGCAGGCAGUCCACCAUCAGACUAGGUUCUGACACGGACCAAACUUAUGAUCCUGCAGCCGAAGGAUAACCUGAAGACCCCAGCACACAUCUUUGGUAUCACCUGUCCCUGUCAGGAACCUGGACCUUCUUUUAUAGCUGCUUUGGGUUUAUUUGGUUCUGAUAGAACCAGGACUGUUUUGAGCUGCUAAACUUGAGUAGCUGAACCAAGUAUCUGAAUUUAAAUAUUUGAGUUGUUGGACUUUCAAUUGAAUUAACUUUUGAUAAUAAAACUGAAAGCUGUGCUGCUCAGCUUUUUGAAAUCCUUUCAGUUUUUUGUGUUGAAGAAAAAGAAACUGCAGGUUCUGUAAAUGCAGUUGACAUUUUUUUGCAGCUCAAACCUGAUUCUGUAAAACCAGCUGCUCCUCAUGAAGACAGGAUCAAUCAUUAGGAAGAAGUCAAACCUGUUGUCUCCAUAAUGAGGCCCUGUCUCAGCCAUGUCUCAGAGUCCACAGUUUAUUCUCUGUGUUUAUUUAUCCUGCCGCCAUGUGGAACCAUUGUUUACCCUGCUGGCCCUGUCCUUGGACGUCCAUACGUCUCUGAAAUGGAUAAUACCUGCCAGAAUCUAAUUUGCAGCGUCCCACCCGUCCCCUGUCCUCGUUUCCCUCCUUUUGUUGGAGCUUUUAGGCUUUAUGCUCCUCAGAUAACAAAUAUCUGAUCUGUCCGGAUGAAACGGAUUACAGACCAGAGAGAAGCUCCGAAACACCAGGAAAACUGCAACAACACAAAAACAACCUAAUAGAUUUUUGAUUCGGGGUGUUUCGGUCGACUGUUGAGUUGAAAAUGAUAUUUUUAAACGUGCGUUGUGUCGACACGGUCCUCACAGAUGGAUGAAAGCAGAAUGUGAAGCAUGCCUCCAAGAUACAUGGUUUUUCAUUCUGCGUCUACGUCUGUGUGGAGCUCAGGCCUACAGAGUCCAGGUGUGUGUGUGUGCGUGUGUGUGUGUGUGUGUGUGUGUGUGUGUGUGUGUGUGUGUGUGUGUGUGUGUGUGUGUGUUGGUCUGAACAUACUGAGCUCCAACAUCUAAGUGUAACUUUGUAGUUUAAUGUGAUAAAUUCAGAGGAUAAAUAUUGUGUCGAAUCAUAAAUGAACAGAUGAAGUUUUUCCUCCACUGGAGACACUGUUGUUUAUUUAGUUCUAAAACAUUAAGUUUGAUGAAUUAACAACUAUUAAAAGUCUAUUAAAUA